ACUCAGAUGCGGCAGCCUCGCUAGAGCCCAGAACAGAGGAGAGCUGAAGGGGACCAUGUGACACUCCUCCUGGCCCCCCCCCUGGAGCCACACAGGAACCAGAGGCCUCAGAUGAGGAAACUGAGGCCUGGAGAGGAACCAGGAAGCUGUCCAAGACUCCUUGCACAUGCACCAAUGCCUGACUUUCUCCUUCUCACUCCUCUCAUAGUGACUCCCAGCCAACCCUAUAAGAGAAAACAUAAGGGAACUGGCUUUGCCUGCUGAAUUUGAUUUUUAUUCAAAGCCCUGGGUUCAUGCUCAGCUUUCCCGGGUCUUCAUUGACGUGUUCAGCCAAGGCCAUUAUUUCUGGGCUCUCACAGGGUCUCUGGGAAAAUCGUGUCCUGCUUUUGACCUGGUGCCAGCUGCCUGAUCAGGACAGCAGGGCUGGAAGGGCUGGAGCCAUUGAGGCUUGCCAUCACCCGCUUUACAGAGGAGCUGAGGCAGCCUUGGAGUCAUGGCCAGUCCUGAGCACCCUGGAAGCCCUGGAUGGAUGGGACCCAUUGCCCAGUGUGCGACAGGGACCAAGCAGGAAGCAGCAGCCACCGGCCCAGACCUCCCAUGUCCAGGACCCGAUGAACACUUAGGCAACCCCGGCGGCCCCAGCCCCAACUCCAGCAUGACCACCGGGGAGCUGCAGGAGUACUGGCGGAAGGAGAAGCGCGGCUGGAGGCGCGUCAAGCUGCUCUUUGAGGUCGCGUCGGCCCGCAUCGAGGAGAGAAAAGUCUCCAAGUUCGUGAUGUACCAAAUCGUCGUCAUCCAGACAGGGAGUUUUGACAGCAACAAAGCCGUGCUGGAGCGGCGCUAUUCAGACUUUGAGACGCUCCAGAAAAACCUCCUCAAGACGUUCAGGGAAGAGAUCGAGGAUGUCGUCUUCCCCAAGAAGCACCUGAUGGGCAACUUCACGGAGGAGAUGAUCUCCGAGCGCAAGUUGGCCUUCAAGGAGUACCUGAGCCUGCUCUACGCCAUCCGCUGUGUGCGGCGGUCCCGCGAGUUCAUCGAUUUCCUAACCCGGCCGGAGCUCAGGGAGGCCUUUGGCUGCCUGCGAGGCGGCCAGUACACCAGGGCCCUGGACAUCCUGGUGCGCGUGGUGCCCCUGCAGGAGAAACUGACGGCCCACUGCCCCGUAAUGGUGGUCCCCACCCUCUGUGCCAUGCUGGUGUGCCACCGUGACCUUGAACGCCCUGCUGAAGCCUUUGCGGUGGGUGAGAGGGCCCUCCAGUGCCUGCAAGCCCGGGAGGGCCAUCGCUACUACGCCCCCCUGCUGGACGCCAUGAUCCACCUGGCCUACACGCUGGGCAGAGACUUCAUUUCGCUGCAGAAAAGGCUGCAGGAGAGCCAGCUCCGGAAGCCCACCCCCUGGGGCCUCACCCUGAAGGAACUCACCGUGCGGGAAUAUCUGUACUGAGCCCCUCUGGCAGGCGGGCUGGAGACUUGGGGUCACCGCUGCUCGGUGGGUGGUUUGGGGUUCACGUUUAGUGGACAGAGCCACGUUGAACCCUAGGUUGCUGGGUGACCUUGGACAAGUCCUUCCUCUGGCCCUCCGUUUCCCCAUCUCUGUUGAACAGAGGUCCCUCGGGGCAUCCUUGGGAGCCUCCGCUCGAGUCCUGUGUCCCUUCAAUGCCAGGUUCACCUCAUCUCAAAACCGUGAACCCAACUGCCAAAAUGCCAGAGAGUGAGAUCCAUCUUUCUGGUGCUUUUGCAGGUAGCUGGAGGGGAGGUUGACAUUGCACGCCACGGACAAAGCUUAACCCAUCUUGUACAGACAGCUCUCUCCAGCUGUCCUCUUUCCUCUCUGCUCCUUCUCCCUUGACCUUGCCUGCAGAUAUCCCCACCGUUAUCCUAAAUAUUCCAGCUCUUCCCUCUUAGCGUGUAAACCUGACUCGGCAAAACAAAAGCUCAUCCACUGCUCCUCAAGGCCAACUUUGUCCCUAAGAUGGGGUGUAUGCGACCCUUUGAAGGGCAGAGGGACACUGGGCUAGAACAUAAUCAUGUCAUAAGAUUCUGUGAAACGAGGCAUUUUUAGGAAGGGAAGUUGCCCACGAUUCUCUGGUUAGGAUUACGCAACUCAUUGCAGGGUCAGGUUUUCAUUUAUGGGCAACUGGCCCCCAAAUAGGCUCCCUGAGUUACGUAGACACAGCCCUGAAGGGAGGUGGGGUGAUACACAGUGGGACCUCUGGGUAGGACACUGAUUGAAUGCUUAACACCUCCCCAUUGAGGAACAAUGUUCUUGGAACCUCUGUGCCGGAUGGGGAUGCCCUUGGCUGAAGUCUGCUUUCAGGAAAGGACACCGAGAGCCCAGAGUGGAGGGGAGUCUGGACCCAUAACCCAGGCUCGACACUGGUCCUGAAGCUGAUAGUACAGGCUGGUUUGGGCCAAUGUGUGUUUGAGGCUAGAAGUCCCUUGGAGACCUAAACCAUCUGCUUGAACUUAUCAGAGCAAAAUAAAGAGGCCGUAACCUGGACCCGUAAUGUGGGGCACCAGCCUGGCCUGUGCGAGGAUCUGGCUCAGCACGGGGAUCACAGUGGCCGUGGACGGGCAUCCGCCAAGCUGCACCGGAAUGUGUUCAACCGCGACACCGUGUGGCGGCAGCUGUAGCGGCCCGCUCAGGCUCUGGCCUCGAGGCUAGAAACAUCUGAUGAUACCUUGGGACAGAGAAAGCUUCAAGUCCCUCAAUUUACGCAGGGAGGACACUUUGAAUGGGAGAUGCCGGGCUUCUUGAAAACCUGGGCGUGUGGGAAAUUACAGUGUUAAGUGGAAAUACAAAGGGCCGUGACUCUGCUUGUCAUGGUGAAGAAGACCGUACCGAGGUCGUGAGUCAUUUCGUCCAAUGGGAAAUGCCAUCAGCUAUAAGGUGCACCAGGUAUUCACUCAGAAGGAAAAUAUGGCCAACACAGGGAGUGUGAUAGGAGUUUCCAGCAAGAAGCUGGGAGAGCAAAGACUUAGCUCCCAAUGUAAGAAACCUGCUAGGGAGAAAGGACGAUCAGGAAAUGCGAGAAUCAAAUUUGGCACCAGGUGGGUGGUGGCAGUCUUCCUCCUAGAACUUGAACUGUGAGCGUUAGGGUCUGAACACAUACAGUGUGGUCCAAAAUACUUCAUGCAGAGAGGUCACCGUGAAGUGGCCUCAGAGGCAGGUGCUCUGGGUCCCUGACACCUCAGAAAGCAGGUUCUCUCUGAGGGAAGUCAACAUCGAGUCAGGCCAACAGAGAGUGUAAGGUGCCAUUGACCAGAGGUGCUGAUAUGUGGGAUGGGGGGCAGAAUGUGUCUCAAAAUCACAUAUAUAUGUGUGUAGUAUAGACGGAGAAAUUAAAAAAAAAUUUUUUAACGUUUUAUUUAUAUUUGAGAGACAGAGAGAGACAGAGAGCAAUGGGGGAGGGGCAGAGAGAGAGGGAGACGCAGAAUCCGAAGCAGGCUCCAGGCUCCGAGCUGUCAGCACAGAGCCCGACGUGGGGCUCGAACCCACGAACCGUGAGAUCGUGACCGGAGCUGAAGUCGGACCCUUCACCGACUGAGCCACCCAGGUGCCCCGCAAAUUUUUCUAAAGCCUAUAUGGGGUGGAAGGAACUUACAAGACCAUGAACCCCACCUGUCUUCCCCCUGGACACAGUCCCAAGACUCAAGGAGCUCCCGGUGGGAGCAUCAUGCCAGCCUCACCCACACCCAGGAACCCAUUCUGGGCACUCGGCCCCUAAGCCUGAGUGGGCUGGGGGCUCAUUCCCACGGAAGCCUGCUCCAGCAGCCCCUCCCUCCCAUCCGCAGAGGUCAGGCUGCUUAGGAAGGCAGCAGGUGUCUUACCCUGCCCCAAGCCAGGCUGGGAAGAUGGCAUCUCUAAUGGCUGCCUGUGGGCUAAAAACCAGAGCAUUUUUGGAGCCCGAAUGUGUGUCCAGGGCUUUCCUCAGCACUGCCGGUCCAGCUCUGCCCCGGAGAUAUUCUUAUCCCAUUUUACACAUAAGCACACAGACACAUAGCUUAAGUGACUUGCCCAAGGUCCCACCACUAAUGACAGGCACAGCAGGAAAUGAAACUCAGACCUGUUCCCCACUGAGCCCUACUUCAGAGGGGAGCAGUGAGAAGAGACUGUAGGGAUAUGUCCCUGGUCCUCUUAUCCUUAAGGACCCUUAAAGGUCAUUUCACUCACCUCUGUUUCUAGGUGGGACACAACCUGGAGAAGAAACUCACUCAAGGUCACACAGUGAGACAGGGAUAGCUCCGGGACCAGACCUGGGGUGUCCACAUCAAAGUCAUAUGGUCUGGCAGGCAGGGCAGAGAGAAUGAUCCCUUCGAAGAGGCCCUUGGGGGUCACCCAGCUGAACCUGGGGGCGCAGGGCCAGUCUUGAGGCUUGGGCCGGGGGCCGGCCGGCCGGGAGGCUCAGGUCAGAGUAGGCUCUGGUCCACGUGGCCUUGGCUCUGGAUGUCCCCUUGGCUGCAACUCUGUCCUGGAGCUGCAAGGCCAGUUCCCAUGCCACCUGCUGGUGGGGGAGGGGCACCUGCUCAGGGGCUCUCCAGAUGCUUCCUGUCCUUCCUGCAGCAACUGCAAAGAGCUGCCUUCCCAGAAUCCUCCUGCUCGGCCCCACACACCCCCCUCUUUGGGGCCCCACAAUGCCACCACCUGUUCUAACAUUCACUUACCAUUUUCCUUUUAGCAGUCUCCUUUUACUUAUGUAAAUUUGCCUGAAAAAGAAACUUCUUAUUACCGCUAUAAAUGGAAAAUCAGAAUCGCUUGCUAUAAUUAGAAAGGUAGCGUAAAAAUAAACACAGUGAAACCUAUUGCUGUUAAUACACUUCACAGGCCUUUGUCUGAGACAGGCCUUGAAUGUGAGGCCGCCAGAGGCUCUUUGUGAAAAGAGACAGAGACACCAAGUUGAGACUUCUCUUCGAUUUACUCAGAAGGACUGGAAAAUCCUGCCAACGGAAAUAAGUUUCCGACCACGUAGGCUGGAUUGUUUGACGUUGUCUGUGCAUGGUCCCCUACCAUCUGGGGUCCUACUCCCCGCUGCCUGGCCAUGGCCUUGGUCCCGCACCCUCAGCCCUGUAUUCAGCCCUGCUGGCUCCCCAGCAACUCAGUCGUGGGCCUGGUUUUGACUUUGGUUGACAUCCUUGGCUUUCAACACCCCACUUGGGAGGUGGUAGCUAGGCUCCAGGUCCUGGCUUCAUACCUGAUUUCAGGUAAGACCCUCAAUUGGAAGGAAAAUUCUAGCUCAGUCAAAACUCAGAUCUGCAACACGUCCUCUGGUUCGUGUCGCUGUGCCCUGCCCCCCAGUAUGAGCAAGAAAAUGCUGCUCCCCCAAAGAGGCCCUGCACAGAGCCCUGGCCUCAUCGUCUGCUCCCAGAAUAGGUUCCUACCAGCCUUAUCCAUCUAUCUGUGCACAUUCUCAUUUUCUCAGUAAACAGCGAUUGGCAAUGCUCCCACUAUUUGCCAGAUGCUGCCAAGACCUGGGGACACAGCAGUGAAGGGCACAGCCCCAGUCUCUGAGCACACUGAGGUUAGAAGGGAGUCACUCACAGAGCAAAUGGAGCCUGAGACCAAAUAGUCUCCCUCAGCCAGCUAGUCAGGGAAGGCUUCUCAGAGGAAGAGGUAUUUAAGGGAGCCACAGGAGAAGCUAAGGAGGCACUACAGGGUAGGGAGGGGAGAAUUUUAGGCAGAAGAAAAGCAGAUGCACCCUCGAGGCAGGAAACUCCAUCCCUGGGGACCCUUGGUUGAGACCUGGGCCCAGAAAGGGCCCGAGAUGCCCUUUCCCCAAUGCACCACCCUGGUGGUACCCACUUCGAGGAAGGGCUCCAAGUGCUGACAAAUAUGCCUGGCAAGCCACAUCUGUGCCAUUAUCCACCUCCAGUGACUGGCUCAUUGCAAAGUGGACAAGCUGGGAGCUUGUGUUUAGGACGCACAGACCCUUUUGGUUACAAGCAACAGAAACCCUGGGUAAUUUAGCAGGGGAGGAAUUUAUUAUCCAAAAAAUCCAGGAAUAGACUAGCUUCAAGCCAAGUUGGAUCCCAACAAUCAAACCUCGUCAUCUGGUCUCUCUCUAACUUUCACUUUCUGUCUCUCUUCCUUCUGCUUCCCCUGCUUUGCCUCUCCCUCGGGCUCUCCUCCUGGUGACAGGAUGGCUGGAGCGACACCAGGCUCAUAUGCUUCCCUCUGGGCAAUCCCAGUGGAUCCCCCUCCAGGGCCUUGUGAAGUCCCUGGCUGGUAGGAUAUGGACGAAACACCCACAUGUCCUUUCCUGAGGAGCCAGGCAGGGCAGAUCCUGUCCCCAAGUGCCGCGACCACAAUUAGCUUGCCCAGCCUUCAACAGAAAUAAGUCUUAACAUAUUGUUUUGUAAUCUGUUUUCCAAAUUUUAAAAUAGACUUUGUUUUUUUUUAGAUCAGUUUUCUUUUCACAGCAAAACUGAGUGGCAGAUACAGAGAUUUUCCAUAGAGCCCCUGUCCCCACACACGCAGAGCCUCCCCCGUGGUCACAUCCUUCACCAGGGUGGUACAUGUGUGACAACUGAUGAACCUGCAUGAACACAUCAUGAUCACCCAGAGCCCACAGUUUUCAUCAGGGCUCACUCUUGGUGUUGUGCUUUCUAGGGGGUGAGACAAAUGUAACCACCAUGGACAUGUAUCUACCAUUAGAGUAUCAUACCGAGUGUAAUAAAAUUAAAGCAUGGUUGCAGUAUGAUUAAAUUUUGUCGAUCUAUCAUGAGCAUUUUCCUGUAAUAUAUCAUAUUCUUCCACGUUAUUUUUAAUUAAUUUUAACCAUCUUGUAAUGUUCCAAAUUUUCCUCACUAAAGGCAAUACUGCAGCAAGUGCCCGGGUCCAAUGUCUUUUCGUAUUUGUACGCUCCUAAGGCAAUUUCUGACUCUGGCGUUUCUGAAUCAUAAGCACUUUUAAUGGUUUUGAUAAUAGUACAUUCCCUCCAGGGAGUCUGUGCUAACGCACUCCGCACAGCAUUGGGACGUUAGCAGUUUUAAACUAUUUCUGGUGUGAAAGAUGAGAAGUGGUAUCCGUGGCUUAAUUGUUCUUAGUAAGUAUGAACACUUUUCAUGGGCUUAUUGGUCACUCGUAUUGUACUGGAGGUUAUUGAAAUGUUCUUUCCCCCGCUUUGCAUCACACCCUUCCGGAGGGAGGCGGGACCGAAUCCCGCAAUUUACAAAGCGGCCGGCAGAUGGCGCUGCCACCC